AUGGUUAUUGGAGAUCGGACUGCAACGGAUAACGAACGCAACGAGAACGAGAGCGAACGAGCACCACAGAACGAAACGGAUGCGGAGCGAAGAUACUUGCUGGCAGAGGGAGAUCGAACAGAUACGGGCAACGAACGCAACGAGAACGAGAGCAGGCAACCGCCACAGGACGAAACGGGUUCGGAGGUCCAAGACGAGAAGGGUGCGGAGGAUGGACGAGGGGAGCUCACGCUAGGACCCGACACGGAGCCUGAAAAAGGGGCAAAAUCGGGAAACUCGAAUAACCAAAGGGAAGAGGAGAACAACGAAGGAGAACGGAUAUUACCUGAAUGGCUCUGGUGGAGAGGAGAUAGCCCACCAGAACUAAUGCACGAGAAUUUGGGUCCUCUCUGUGCAAUCGGAGAAGCGGCAGUACUCGAGCUCGAGAUCACAGGCCGAAGGUACGAGGGACUACUCGACACUGGAGCAACCCGGAGCUUCAUCUGCCCGGCGGUGGUGGAAGAGCUGGGGCUAAAGGUGCGGGCCUUGAAGGAACCCUUUUCAUUCACGAUAGCGAACGGCGCUAGUAUACAUAUCGAUAAGCAAGUACCGAGACUGACCAUGUUAUGUGGAGGAGAAUGCUUUACUGGGGACUUCUUAAUCGGCCCCAUACCGUUCCCUAUCAUCCUGGGAAUAGAUUGGUUAGUGAACUACGACGUAGCCUGGUACUUUCAAUCGGACAAGAUUAGGACAUACGUAAACGGCCGAUGGUUUAACCUACCAGUUCUCAGGAGGGGAAGGUAUGCAACCCCCCAAAGGGAAGCGAAGAACACGGACCAGACGAAGACCGCGGCGGAUCGAGCCUAUGAGGAAUUAGCUGCUCAGGUAGCCAAGAUGUCGGUCGAAGAGGCCGCAGCACUACUACGCCCUCCACCUAAACGAUACAAAUCGAGGCGCAAAGCAGGAGUGCGGGUGAAAAUCAGGGAUAUUCUUCAGAAGGCGAGGGAGGACACGGCAAACCUGAAGAGAGCGCUCGAGGGAUUACAUUUCGUCGUCGCGUUACCGGCUACGGAACCGGAGCGGCUCGUGCACGUACCAACGGAACGCCAAGUGCCUCUGUUGUAUGCACUAGUGGAACACGCUAAAUCCCAUCCGGACCGGCGGAAUCAAUCGGCGAACGAACUCGUGGAGCCCGCUGACAAGACAUCGGCUGACGAUGAGGAAUCCCCUUGGCCCAGGGCCCAGUUGACGUUCUCUGAAUUUGACGCAUGGGCAGACGGUCCGGAGGCAACCAAGGUGCCGGACCCGAUCCUGAAAGUAUUAAAGCAGCACAGACAACUAUUCCCCGACAGUCUGCCGGACGGAUUACCUCCUAAGCGGCCCCACGAUCACCGCAUUCUCCUUGUACCCGGCAAACUUCCAACACGUGCGCCGAUCUACACAAUGCCACCUGACCAGAUAGCACAACACACCAGGGAGAUAGCUCGCCUAACGGCUAAAGGGUGGAUUGGACCUACCUAUUCACCCAUCUGUGCUCCCACCAUCAUGGUGUACAAAAGGGAUGACGGCAGUGCGGAGCGCAAGAUGCGCCUGGUGGUGAACUACCAGGCACUCAACGCGCUGACCAUCGCACCGGAGUUCCCUAUGCCCAGCGUCCAAACGGUACUCGAGAUGCUGGGCGGGGCUACUGUCCUCUCAACGCUCGAUCUAGAAGCGGGCUUUCAUCAGAUCCGCAUGGCCCGCGAGGGCAGGUGGAAGACCGCCUUCCGUUCUGUACAGGGCCUCUUUGAGUAUAAGGUGAUGCCGUUUGGUCUCAAGGGCGCGCCAGCAACCUUCCAAGCAAACAUCAACGCAUACUUACAGCCACUACUAGGCAAUCGGGUUAUCGCAUAUCUCGAUGACGUCUUAAUAUACAGCGCGACCUUAGCGUCGCACACCCAACUUCUGGAACAGGUUUUGGGGAUUUUCCUGAACCAUCAAUUUUACCCGAAGCUUGUUAAGCGCCGAUUUGGCCAGCGAGAACUAACGUAG